GCGGCGGAAGCGGCGGGGGUUGUCCCGGUAACCCAACGCCGGGAAGGCUGCGGGGGCCGCGGCCAUGGGCGAGCUGGGCCCGGACGAUGGGGCCGGCAACACCUACAGCCUUCGGCCCGGCCUCCAGCACCGAUUCAAAUCGUCCUCAGUAAAAGAAUGCAUCCAUGCGAUACUGAAGGAGAAGCUGGCCAAUGUACAGUACAACCCAGAGGAAAUGCCUGAGCUUACAAAGUCCUUAUCAGAGACAAUAAAAGACAGACUGAAAGAGGAGGGAUAUGACAGGUACAAAAUGGUGGUGCAGGUUGUGAUUGGAGAACAGAGAGGAGAAGGAGUGAACAUGGCCGCGCGAUGUUUCUGGGAUGCCGACACUGACAGCUGUGCUCACGAUGUGUUCAUGAAUACACCUGUGGGAGUGUGGAUGGAGGAAAGUGAGGCAGUUCUGGCAUUCAGAUGCACUGACCUGGGUUACACCAAAAGUGAGGACAGCUUGUUUUGUGUGGUAGCUGCAUUUGGCUGCUUCUACUAUUGAAGGUGGCAAACAUUGCACAGAGUUGGAGGAGGAAGCUUUGCUUUGGGGUAUUUUUUGUUAAAGUGCACUAAAGCAUCAUGUUCUUCCUGUAGUACCUAAGAAAAUAACAGCUAUACAAAGCACGUCCUACACCUGGUCUACACACUACAACAUUCCUUCUUCCUUGUGGAUAUCAAUAGAGCUUUAAGCACAA